AGAAGGCAAAAAACAGGCCACCGGCAUAUCUGAGAAGCUCAGCAGAGAGACAAAUCAGAGAAGAGUACUAUCAGUCAAGGAGAGAGGAGACAACACCGUGAGCAUUGAAGAAAGCUGUCUGGAGGACGCCACGUGUGUGUGUGCAUAUGUAUGUUGAGACAGGCAUAGGUAGAUUCCAGGGAUAUUUGUGAGACUGACAGAGGACGAAAGCAGAUCAUGGAUCCCUCGAGUCCCUCAGAGGGCCCCGUGGAACCCAAAGAAAGAAGGAAAAUCCAGUUCGCCGACCAAGCAACAGAACCGACCCAGCUGGACCCACGGCAGGUUGAGAUGAUUCGCCGAAGACGACCCACACCUGCCACGUUGUUCAAAGUAGCAGACCAAACAUCUCCUGAGGAUGACAUCUCCAGCCAUCAGUGGGUUGUAGGAGAAAAUGGAGUCCUCAAGCCAAAACGAAUCAACCCAAAUAUCUACCAGCCACCAUCAUUAAAAGCCGUGCAGCAGAUGGCUGAAGCUCAAAUGCAGAAAUUAGGUGUGUAUCCUCAUGUAGAGGAGGAAGGGGAGGAGCCUAUUCAGAGAGAGAGGGAGGAGCUAUCCUCAUCCUGCACACCUGAUUCACAGGAGCAAAGGGGCAUGGCAGAACACCAGUCUGGCAUGAGAAAGGCAGGAGCCACAGCACCUACUGAGGAAGAAGAGGAGGAGGAGGACGAUGACGACGACGUAGAAGUAGCAGACAAUAUGGCAGUGGAGGAGAGCAGAAAUGUGGACUGAUAGAGCAAAAGUUUGAGGAACUUUAGAGAUUUUUUCAUAAUGCAGAAUUUUAUUUUGAAAUCAGAAUUGUUUAUUGAUUGUCAAUGAUUCCAUCAUUUGAUAACAGCUGUCUGUUUGUAUUUUGGGAGAAAACGAGACUUAAAAAAACUCUUUAAAAACAUUUUGGAGUGGUCAAACAACCUGAAAAGAUUCAUUCACCCUGACAUUGCAAUGAAAUAGAGAUAUGCAGUUGUGCUCAAAAGUUUACACACCCCUUGCAGAAUCUGCAAAAUGUUAAUUAUUUUAACAAAAUAAGAGGUGUCAUACAAAAUGCAUGCUAAUAAACAUAAACUU